CGAGACAAUCAACCAAACUUAUACAACAUUAUGUAAAAUGCAAGUUCAACACUAUUCAACACAAUUUCUACCGCUCAAUAACAUUGUAUCAUAGUGAAAGCAUCAUCUCUAUUACUUAAUUACUUGUGCAUUGUACAACCGCAUAUAGCCAGGACAUAGACGAAUUCUAUUCUGUAAAGAAAAGCACCUUCAUUUAGUCAUGGAAUCCCUCUCGCCGUCUUUCCCACUCAACCGUCGACCUUGGAGACCAUAGCCAUGGAAUCCCAUCUCAAAUCGACUCUUAGUUUUCUCGUUCGCAAGUCGAAGAUGAUACGAAGCCAACAAAAUCAACAAUUGUUUCUUCCACGCCACCCAAUUCUAAAAUUCUUUGUGUGAAUUGUCUAUCUAACUUCUUUUGAGACAAAGAUUCGUGCUUUCUUCCUGAGUGCAAUUGUAUAAAGAAGAAAAGAGAAUAAUUGUUCAACAAGUGAGGGAUAACUCACCUCUUCCCCUACCAUUAUUAUUUGUCUAACACGCCCAUAUUCUAAUCUCAACAUUUGGCUAUCAGAACGGUAAUACUGUUACCAUACCAAUCCUGAAAUUCUUGGUUCAGAUCUCUUGGUUUUCUCUAUUUCCACUGGUAACCGAAAAAUGGCCGAGGCACUCAUUUCCAUGCUUCUCGAACAACUAGCUUCGGUAACUUACCAACAUGUCGAACAAGAGGUGAAGCUGGUUUUGAAUGCUAAGAAAGAUGUUGAUGCAUUUGCUGCCAACCUUGAAGUGAUUCAUGCUGUGCUUGAGGAUGCGGAGCAGAGGCAAGUGAAGGAGAAAAGCGUCAGAAAAUGGCUAGAGGAGCUGACAGACGUGUCGUACAAGAUGGACAAUGUGCUGGAUGAGUGGAACACUAAAAUACAGAAACAACAAGUUGAGAAACAAGAAGAGCACGGUGGAAGUACUUCUCUUGUUACUAAGAAGAAGAUGAAGGCGGUAUGUUUCUCUAUUCCCUCCUCUUGCUUUUGUUUUGGUCAAGUCAGACGGGUAAUUCGUCAUCAUGACAUUGCUCUUGAGAUGAAACAUCUGAAUGAAGAUUUAGAUAAGAUUGCUAAGCGCAGGCAAACAUAUAACUUUCAAUCCUUGGAGAGAAUUAUCAUUGAACAACCUGAGCGAGAGAAAACUUCCUCUUUUGUUGAUGAAUCUAUCGUAUUUGGUAGAGAACAACAAAAGGAAGAUUUGGUCAGCAAGUUGUUGAAUGAGAGUAGUCAAGAAGAGAGGGGCCUCCUUGUCAUCCCUAUUGUCGGGAUGGGAGGAAUGGGGAAGACAACUCUGGCCCAACAGGCUUUUAACGAUGAAAAUGUUAAAGCCUGUUUUGAUAUCAAAAUUUGGGUUUGUGUUUCGAACCCUUUUGAUGAGAUCAAAACUGGCAAAGCCAUCAUUGAGGGUGUCGAAAAAGAUACCAGCCCAAAUUCAAAUGAAUUGGAAACUGUCUUGCAAUGUAUGUCUAAAUCUAUUGAGGGAAAGAAGUUUCUCCUUGUCCUGGACGAUGUGUGGACUGAAGACCAGAGAAAGUGGGAGAAAUUGAAGUUGCCAUUAAUACAAAAUGGUGCCCAUGGCAGUAGAAUAUUGGUGACCACUCGAAAAGAGGAAGUUGCUCGUAUGAUGGGAGCUCCCACUCACACGAUCCAUUUGGAGAGGUUGAGCGAAGAAGAUUGUUUGUCAAUAUUCAACUGCAUGGCAUUUUUAAGUAGAGAUAAAGAUAGUGUGUUGGAAGCCAUUGGUGAAGAAAUUGCCAAAAAUUGCAAGGGUUUGCCUCUUGCUGCAAAGGCUAUGGGUAGUCUCAUGCGUUACAAGAAAACGAUGAAAGAAUGGCAAGAAGUUUUGAACAGUAAGAUAUGGGACCUUGAAGAGGUUGAGCAACACGUUUUCCAACCCCUAUUACUGAGUUAUUUUGAUUUGGCACCUGCGGUCAAACGAUGCCUUUUAUAUUGUGUUAUCUUUCCAAAAGAUCAUUUGAUCGCUAAAGAUUAUUUGAUUGAGUUGUGGAUGUCACAAGAUUAUCUUUAUUCGAAAGGAAACACAGAGAAGGAAAUAAUUGGCCAAAGGUGUUUUGAUAAUUUAGUAAUGCGGUCCUUCUUCCAAGACUUCAAAAAAUACAGUGAUGGAGAUAUCUGGGGGUGUAAAAUGCAUGAUAUUGUGCACGACUUUCUGCAGUAUCUUACUCAACAUGAAUGCUUUACAAUGGAGGUUAAGGUUGGUAACAAUACAAUAAAGUCCUUGGGUGAUAAGAUCCGCCAUUUGACCUUAAUGCUUGCACCCGAGGGUCCACUCUCAUGUGUUUCGUUUUCCAGCUGCGAUCUACGUACUCUUGCAACUUUUGAUUCAAAAUUUAAUGUUGUGGACUCAACUUUAAUCUCGCAGUUGAAACAUAUUAGGACAUUGAAUUUGAGUGAUAAUUGUAUUGAAGAGCUUCCGGAAGAGAUAGGUGAAUUGGUGCAUCUGAGGUUUCUUGAUUUGUCGUACAAUCAUGAUUUGAAAAAGCUACCGAAUGCAGUGUGUAAUUUAUACAAUUUGCAGACAUUGCGCCUUCGCGGGUGUUGGAAACUUGAAAGUCUACCUCAGAGCAUGGGAAAGUUGAUUAACUUAAAGCAUCUUUAUGUUGAGGGUUGCGAUGAGUUGAAGUACUUGCCGAAAGGGAUUGGGAGAUUAACAAAUCUAAGAAGACUAGAUGCGUGCCCUGUUGGCGGUGGUAAAGACGACGAUGAAGUGUUCAAAUUGGGAGAUUUGAGAAACUUAGACCAACUUCGUGGACUCGGCAUAGAAAUUGAUGGGGAAGUGAAAGUUGUUGCAGGUGAGGGCGAGAAAGCAUCGCCCCUAGGGAACAAACAACAACUCUCAAAUUUGAGGAUAAGGUUUGUUGGUCGUGGAAGUAGCGUAGAAACACUGAAUAUUUUACGACCGCAUCCAAAUUUGGAAUCUGUAUAUAUUGAAGGGCAUAAUGGAAGCACUGCCCCCAACUGGAUCAUGUCAUUAAGCAAUUUGAGAUUUCUUACUCUUCGUGAUUGGAAAGAACAUGAAGUUUUACCUCAUUUGGGAAGAUUGCCGUCCCUCGAAAGCCUGACCAUUUGGGAAAUAAAAGGAGUAAAAAAGGUUGGAGUUGAGUUUCUGGGAAUAGAAAAGGAAACGUCAUCAGAAUCAUCAUGCAUUACUCUAUUCCCAAAGUUGAAAAAACUCCAUUUUAUCUCCAUGGAGGCGUGGGAAGAGUGGAAAGGAGUGGAAGAGUGGAAGGAAGAGGAUUCUCAUAUUACCAUAAUGCCAUGCCUUUCUUCUUUAGAGAUUUGGGAGUGCUCUCGGCUAAAAACACUGCCAGACUUCUUGCGGAAAACACCACUUCAGACACUUGUCAUCAACGACUGUGGUAAUCUUGCACGAGGUUGCCAAAAAGGCAGAGGAAAGGAGUGGCCCAAGAUUUCUCACAUCCCCAGCAUAUAUAUUGAUGGUGAACGCAUUGUUGAGUUACCUGAAAGGCCUUCCACUUUUGAUUCUGAUGAUGAGGGUGAAUGCAUAGUGGAAGCAGAGGAUGCUGUUGAGUUACCUGAGAGGCCUUCCACUUCUGAUUCUGAUGAUGAAGGUGAAUGCAUAGUGGAAGCAGAGGAUGCUGUUUAGUUGCAUAAGAGGCCUUCCACUUCUGGUAAUUAACCUCUUUUCUAUUUAUUUACCAACUCACUUUAUUCAUUUUACAUCAAUGUUCUAAUUUCUGGGUAGAGCUUUUAUUAUACUUGCCAAAUUACAAGAUUAUUCCAACUAGACAAGUAUAACUGUAUAUAUAAUGUUGCAAGGGGACUUUUUAGCUCAGUUGGUUGAGACCAUAUUAGAGGUCCCGAGUUCAAUUCCUCCUCUCCCAAUAUCGUUGUAUGAAAAAAAAAUAAAUAAAUAAAAUAAACGAGUAUAAGCUAUAAGGUCAUGGGUGCAUCAAUAUCGUGAUUAGCAAUGCUACAGUUUUAAUUUGUUUUUGUUAAUGCUACCGCCUGAGUGUUACGAGUGCUGCUAAUGAAUGCAGGGCUCACACAUUUUCUCUUUAGAGGAAGUGAGAUAGAAAGGGAAGAGAAAGCUGCAUGCAUUACUAGAACCGAUUGUUUUCUGCUCUACAGAUUUCACCUGGACAUAGGCACAUUCAAAAGCUCCAUUGUGUGUGUGUGCGUGUACCAUGUAUAUGAGGUCUUCAGUUAUGUAUGUGCGUGUCUAUAGGCACAUCAAAAACUCCAUCAUGUGUGUGUGUGCAAGAACUUUAGCCCCUGCGUUGCCGCAGGAAUGUCAAAUUGAUUAUAAGCAUUGUACUUAAGUGUUAGAAAGAGGAACUAAAUGUGUUGUAAGCGUUGUGUGUAAAUAUGUAAAAACUAUUUAUGCAAAACAUGUACAAAGUACUUAUA